CUUCAUCAUCACCCAAAAGAGGAUGGAUCUCGGCGAGAUCGUUGUGACUGAACAUCCCAAUGAGAGGGAGCUGUACAAGAAGGAGAUGCCAAAAGCCCAGGACCUGCUGUGGAGAAGUGGAAACUGGAUCCACCAUAGUUUUGGGUAUCUCACAGGAGAAAUGAAUGAAUAUGGAGAGUGGAUGAAAAGCAAGCCCUUAAUGGUUCAGCUGGUGGACUGGAUCUUGCGAGGGACCUCUCAGGUGAUGUUUGUCAACAACCCUCUCAGCGGGCUGAUUAUUUUAGUGGGGCUUUUCAUCCAGAGCCCCUGGUGGAUGCUCACAGGCUGCACUGGAACCACUGUGUCCACGUUAACUGCGCUGGCCCUCAGCCAGGACAGGUCAUCCAUCGCAGCUGGGCUGCACGGCUACAACGGGAUCCUGGUGGGCCUGCUCAUGGCCGUCUACUCUGACAGAGGGGACUACUACUGGUGGCUUCUGCCCCCUGUGACAGUGAUUUCCAUGGCCUGCCCAGUACUGUCCAGUGCUUUGGGAUCAAUCUUCAGCAAAUGGGACCUUCCUGUUUUCACUCUGCCCUUCAACAUUGCAGUCACCCUGUACCUGGCAGCCACAGGACACUACAACCCCUUCUUCCCCACAACCCUCAUCAAGCCCGUAGCUGCAGUGCCCAAUAUCACCUGGUCUGACAUCAAUGUGCCACUGCUCUUACAAUCCAUCCCAGUUGGGAUUGGUCAAGUGUAUGGUUGUGGAAACCCCUGGACUGGAGGGAUUUUCCUUGUGGCUCUGCUCAUCUCUUCCCCACUGAUUUGUUUGCAUGCUGCAAUUGGAUCAGCCGUGGGGAUGUUUGCAGCUCUGAGCAUUGCAUCCCCGUUUGACAGCAUCUACCUUGGCUUACACAACUACAACUGUGCCCUGGCCUGCAUUGCCAUCGGGGGCAUGUUCUACGCCCUGACCUGGCAGACACAUUUGCUCUCACUUGCCUGUGCAUUAUUUUGUGCCUACUCCGGAGCAGCUCUUGCUAAUGCACUCUCUGUGCUCGGGCUGCCAGUGUGCACCUGGCCCUUCUGCCUCUCGGCGCUCCUCUUCCUGCUGAUAACCUCCGAAAACCCGGCCAUCUACAAAAUGCCGCUCUGCAAAGUCACCCACCCAGAAGCCAACCGGAUCUACUACCUGAGAAUGAGGAGAAGGGCCUCGGAGAGCAGGAGGGAAGAGCAGAAGCGAAAGGAGCAGAAACCCUCUGACGGCCCAAAAAUUAACAGCGGGGUCACCCCACUGUGCACCCCCAAGAGCCGCCACGCUCACUGAUUGCAGGCACACACAACUCUGCAGCCCGGGGGAAAGUCUGGGGGCAGCUUUUCAGACAUCACCCAGGCACAGCACAGCCACAAACACCACUUUUGCCAGCAGUCUGCAGGCUGGGGAUUCAGCAUUCCACACUGGAGAAAUCACGGUUUGCCCUUGAGCUAAGCUUUCCAAAAAGCACUCAGGUAACGUAAUAACAGCUGCCUUAUCAAUCCAGUGGCUGUUAACUUGAAAGUCACCUCUUAUCAAUAAUAAUUAUAAGAAUAGGCAGAAGAACAUUAAAGAUGACAAGAGGCUGCAUUUAAUUUCAGAGGUGUAAUUUAACAAAAUAAAUAUGCUGAGAAGGCAUUGGUGUCUAAUAAUAAUAAAUAAUGUAAGAACGAAGAGCUGCAUUUCAAAUUAAGAGCAUGUAUAUUUGAAAGUGAAAUAAACAGACUGCUCUCUUCCUUUCUUGUGUGCCAUCAAUGUCUAACCCAUUUAAUACCUCUUAACAGCUACAACACACACAGGUAAAUAUUCUUACAGAGCACAUCCUGUAGCACUUUUGGUGCCAUCUCCUGGCUCCUCAUUAAGUGCCAAGGCAAUGAAUAUAUAUGCUUUAAUCAGACUAGAAGAGCGACUAGCUAGCAGUGAUCAAACAUUCUUCUUUUCCUUGAAUAAUUUUCUGUCUUGCAAAUUGAAGAUCUCUCUCUCUCCUGCUGAUUGCAGGAUAGCAAGUGGGAAUCCCUACACAUAUCCAAUGAGAAAUAAAAAGCUUCAUGUAAAUAAUGGGAUAAACAUCUGCUGCUGGUGGCAGUUCUUUCUCUUCCUUUGACAGAGGACCAGAUCCUUUCCAUUAGACCAUGAGAAAUUAACAGGUCAAAAGUUACCACUGCCACUUUAUGCCUCCUCAAAAUCCUUACAGCAGGGAAGCUCCAACUGCCUUAAGGAGGAUUCUUUCAGGAACCUUUGCCAAAACCUCUGUGAAGAAGACCUGGCAGAAAGGCUUCCUCACUCUAAAGUUGUUUUACAAGGUCAGUUUAAAAUCACAAACCCAAGGGAUGCGAAGAUUUAAAAUGCAAAGGGGCUGUGCAACCACAAACACUCAGAUCAGAAGCUGUCCUCUCUGCCUCACGCUGUAAGGCUGUUUUGGAGAUCCAUGUGAGUAUUUUUGAACAGGUGGGAUUCCAGCUCGAAAAAACACUUUUUAAAAAGGUGAGCCUGGGUGGUGCUCAUGGGAUUAUUUGUGCCUUAAUCACCUAGAAUCCAGCAGCAUCCAUCAAUCUGCCACCCCUCUAAAUAUCCCCUAGAAACAGCAUCCAAGAAUGAAUUCAUCCUGGGAGACAAAAACACAGUGUUGUUUAUGUUCAGAUUUUUUUUUUUUUUAAACAAGGGAGGGCAUUCCAGGAAUUCUGGUAAAAUUUAGGUCCUACUUCCUCCCCUCUUUUCCGAGACAUCCUUUGAGCCAUGAUAUCAGCAAACUAAUGCUAGCACCAAAGCAGUCUCCCAAGGUCACUGCAAACUGCAAGAUGAGGGACAUCCCCCUGUUGCUGCUGCUGUAGAGAGACAAAGAGAGGCAGAAUAACACAAGAGGUGACACACAACUGCCUGAAGACCUUCUCUCUACAGCAGUCAAUGAAAUAUGUAGCACAUAAAAACUAGGAGAGCUUAUUCAUUAACAGUUUAAUUUAGCUCAUGCACAGCAUUAGAGAAAUAUUUGAAUGGUAGAAAUGCAAAGUUACUGGAAAAAAUACUGCAAAAUAAUGCUGGUACAGUAUUUGUGUAGAAAAACCACAACUGCAUUUAGUUAUGCCAAACAUAUUGUUUGUUUUCCUAAAAAUAACAGUGAAUCCCAGGCACAAUAUGGCUAUUGGAAAGGAUUUGUCAUGUAAGUGCCACUGCAGGCAUUAAUUCCUCAGCCACAAGAAAAUCCAUCCUAAAAUAAAUUAGUAAAGCAAUUUCUAGAGUUGAAGCCUUCCAUAAAAAAUAGAGUAUAAACAGCUUUUUUAAGUCUCUAGCUAAUCAAAAGAUU